AUUACAUUCUUCAAAAUGAACUUGUAGAGCAAUAUGUUGUCUAUGUAUUGUUAUUGAUUGAAGACGUGCAAGUACAACUAAAAGAUAUCCAAACAUGUCCAUGUUUUGUGAUGGGGAAAUCUUACACGAUGAUGUGAGCAACCCGUGUCUCUGCAUUUGCUCAACUGAGCCCUACGAGGUCCGACCUUCCUCGGCCAGCCCUACGCAGUCGCAAUAUGCCGCUUUCGCAAUCGGGACGGCGCAGGGUGGAGCUUAUUUCUACGAGAUCGAACUACCACAAGUUCCGCCUACUUGUAGCGCCACAGGCGAUGGUGGUAAGGGCAGCGGCAGUGGAGAUGUUAAUGAGAUUAAGAACAUUCACAGCCAAAACAAGAAUCAUGCCAUCAACAUCAUCCGUUGCCAGAAACAGAUUAGCGGCUAUUGCGGGUUCCCAGUGUGUCAAAUCCACAUAUCCACACAAAAUCCAGCACGCAUUCGACUCUACUGCCUCUACGAGUACGUGAAUGGUCUCCAUCUCCUGCGACAAUGGGACUUGCUGAACGAAGCUGUAUUAUAAUAUCAGAGUAAGUAGUUUAUAGCACGCGCGGUGCAUGGAGUCGCAGAGCUUUAAGGGGCGCAAGAAGCUCCCCCUUUAGCUCCAUGCUACUCCAUGUGAUCCAUGCACUCCAUGCCAUGCGAGCUGUGAAACCCUAUAAGUUGCUCUGUAAUAUGUACAUUGAAGAGGAGCUGCGUAAAAGUCUUUUGAAGUGUGUAAAGGUAAAGCCUGAAGAAGAGUGAGAUAGUAUUUCAUAGUCCCCGACUAGAUUAACAUCAUCAGAGAGUACUUAUAUCAUAGAACUAACUGCUCUAACUUUAUCUGUAACUACUCUCUUGCAUCACAGCGCACCUGCGUCUCGCACGAAAUGGGUGUGCUGCUAUCCAGUUCCUAUGCCGGUUUAUGCCAAGGCGACUUUCUCUCGAGAGAGCCGGACUCCAUCAUUGGAGACAUAUUAGAGAGAGGGAUAAACACCCUUUCCGGCAAGGGUUGGGAACAUGACUUUGUCCACUUCUGCCCACAGACCGGAAACAUCUUGUUAUGGUCUAUGUGGUCGUGUUGUCCACGACAGGGAAGAUGGCGAUAAUUUUUGCUCUUGUGCGAGAUUUAUUUUCGAAAUAGAAGAAGCAACAUUGUGGACUGGCAGAGGACUAGUAGAGGACUAGUACAAGAACAAAACCAGAAGUCGUGGACAAUGGUCGGCAUUAAUAUCGUUUCAAGCUGUGACGCAGUCCACGUCACGUCUCCUUCGCUUUGACGCCCUGGACAUGCAGAAACUAGGAUCCGGUAGCAUAGAGAGUAAGUUAUGGUGCGCCGAAAUAUUCAUUGUUCCAUGAUGACAUGAUCUCGAAUUAGAGGUAGGUUUUUGGUGUUCGUGGGUUCUCUCGCUUGUUAUGGCGGUCCCCACCUGAGGGAGAGAGCCAUAACAAGCGGCAACAGCAGCACCUUUAGCCAGUACCCUUGAUUGAAGUAGAUUCAGACUGAUAAGUGAACAGGCCAACGCCUAAACCACUAAGGGAACUACGAGAAACCACAUCCAUUUGUUCCCAACAACUCAAUCGUCCACCGUCCACUCUAAUUCACGAAGUCUUCGGUUCCCGCGUACGUUACGUGCCACCGCCGGAUAAGGCGGGCGCGGCGAAUCCUUUGUGCCGAUUUCCUUUACAGUGCGCUGGAGGGGUGCAGCUCGUCGUCGACAAAGGGCCGAUUGAAAAGUACGGCGAAAGGACGACGCCUCUACCCGGACCUUUAGACAUCAAACUUCAUUUAAGGCUCAACUUUCAAUGGUCAUGGUCACCAUUGAGAUUGGAGUCACUGAGAUCGAAGAGGCGACCCCUUCUUGAGAGAACCAACAGGGGAAAUAAAUGAAGGGAAAGGGGAGAGCUUUGAAGGGGGUCGCUUCCGUUCGGAGUCAUGAUGACCAAGGAGUGCUGCGCUUUAAUUUAUGUUGUCACAUUGAGCGAAGAUGAAGACUCGUUCCACCCAGGCAGCAAAAGCAAAACAACAUCUGCGAGUCUCGCGUUAACGGGAAGAUUGUCGCAUGCGAAGUGCUGGCCUCUUGCACCAGGUUCUGGAUACCCAGAACGGUUAGUCACAGUAGUGGAUUUUAACCAGAUCGCGGUGUGGACGAUAGCUGUAUGGUGAGAAUCUCUAUUCGAAGUUGAACACCUAGGUGACUAAUUCAGAAAGUAGAAAAAGUAACCGAGGAGAGGUAUUGAAGUGACUAAUUCAGAAAGUAGAAAGAGAAAAAAAAAAUGUAUUGCACAAUAAGCUUCUCCCAAUGUAGUUCUAGUUAUCGAAACGUUUUUAACGUCGUGGUUCGUUUUCGUAUGUCUUCGAAAAUGACAAACCAUAAUAUGGUUCCCUUUUAACCCCCGCCCAAGGACAUGAUCCUUCAUGACCAAGAAUCGACGAAGAAAAUACUAGAGGCGCUGAACCUGAAAACUCUCCGGUAGAAGAUUCCGAAGACUUCGAAAAAGUAGGUCAAGCGACAACGGACGACUCCAUCGUUGCCCUAGAUAUCCGACAUCCUGAUCGACUCUGCGUUCUCACUUUUGCUGGAGAGAUCUUGGUGUACAAACUGGCUUCUUAUGGUACUGCAGUCGGAGCAGAAAAAGUGACUCUAUCGUCUGGAGGCGCUGGACAAACCUUGUUAAUAAAGGUGUCCGAAAAUCAAUUAAGGGUAGGUUAAAGGUGCUUUUCUUGCCGCUUUUUAUGCCUCUCCUACGGGAGAAAGGCAUAACAAGCGGGGUAAGCGAGCACCAAAAACCUACCUCUAAGUCAAGGUUGUCCGCCUGUUGUUAUCGGCAUUGGGGGACAAGAGAGUGAGAAAUCAGAAAAGACAGACGGAGCGACGAAACAAAGAGUGAAGAAAGCAAAGCUAAACGCGACUGCGACCGAGGAAGAAAGCCAAGCUGAUGUUCCUGAGAUGAUAGUUGUAGCACGCUAUCCGCUGACCGCCUCUCAUGGAAGAGAAUCAGGACAAUUUUCUUUUGAUUUCCCUACCACCUUCUACUGCAACGACGAGCAUGGUUAUGCACUUUUCUCCUCUGAUCAGGGUGUCGUCUUUCAACAGUUGGUGAAGGAGUCUUAAGAAGGACUUCUUUGACAAGGAAGUUAUCUUUGUUGGCCAAGAGCUGUAGAGGAGGGGUCGCGCCAAGUAUUAUCCUAGUUAC